GAAGUGAGCGUGAACAAAAACUGCACAGGUGGGUGGAGAGCGCUUCCAGACUUCAGCCUCAUGAACUUUUAGGUUCAUUUAAUGAAAAUGCAUCGGGUCCCAGGUGCAUAGUUGAGCAUGCACAAGGAAUACAGACUCGGAAGGUUCAGACAGGGAGAAGUCAGAGAGCACCCCAAGAUGUGCUCUGUCUGAGACUGCUCAGAUGCCCGCUGAUCCUGACAGAGUUCCCGGUAUGUCUGAAAACUGUACACUCUGGCUUUGGGCCCCUUUAUGGUCGUGCAUCUGUUGUCUCGUUAGGCUGGACCCAUGUCUGAGUUCUGUCUUCUGAAGCCACACAGGGUAAGUCUGUUCCCUUCCCACGGGACAGCCCUCCUGCUGAUGCGAAUCUCUUCUCCAACCAGAGGAUCCAACCUCCUCCCCUUCCACAGGUGCUGUGGGGGAACAGACCCUGCGAACCGUCAGAAGCUGGAGGAGAGGCAAGGACCCCACUUGGUCUUAACAAGUGGAUUAAGACACAUGCCCGUCGAACGGUUCUACGGAGAGGAGGUGAAGGCCGGAGAGAGGGGUACAGAUCUUGAACUUUUCCAGAAACCUCAAACUGUCAGGUCACACUCACUGAACACGGGGUCCUGAGUGCAGUGUCCCGUCUCCAUGAAGCUGAUGUGAUAGCAUCCAGGUGAAAGGGCCCCCCCCAGCCCUGUCCACGGGCAGGAUGACCAAAACCCGGCUCUUCCGCCUGUGGCUGGUCUUGGGGUCUGUCUUCAUGGUCUUCCUGAUCAUCGUGUACUGGGACAACGUGGGCACUGCCCACUUCUACCUGCACACUUCCUUCCCCAGGCCGCACCCCCUGGCGCCACUGCCCACCCCCACGCACGGGGCGGAGAAAGAGUUCACAUCUGACGUGGACGCGUUUUUGCAGAAGCUGCUUGGUGGCAGCCUGAAGCAGAAUGCCCCUUCGGGUAAAAGGACGGAGCAGCCCUCCGUGCCGGCCUCCAACAGGCCCGUGCUGAGCAACGCGGAGGAGAGUGUGAGGGGCUACGACUGGUCCACCCGUGACGCCGAGCAGGGCCCAGACCCGGGCGGGCAGCAGGCCGAGAGGCGGAGUGUGCUCAGGGGGCUCUGCGCCAAUGCCAGCUUCGUGUUCCCCACCAAGGAGCGCUCCUUCGACGACAUUCCCAACUACGAGCUCAACCACCUCAUCGUGGACGACCGCCACGGGGUCAUCUACUGCUACGUGCCCAAGGUGGCCUGCACCAACUGGAAGCGCGUCAUGAUCGUGCUGAGCGAGAGCCUCCUGGACCGUGGCGCUCCCUACCGUGACCCCCUCGACAUCCCCCGGGAGUACGUCCACAACUCCAGCACCCACCUGACUUUCAACAAAUUCUGGCGCCGCUACGGCAAGUUCUCCCGCCACCUGAUGAAGAUCAAGCUGAAGAAGUACACCAAGUUCCUGUUCGUGCGGGACCCCUUCGUGCGCCUCAUCUCGGCCUUCCGCAGCAAGUUCCAGCUGGAGAACGAGGAGUUCUACCGCAAGUUCGCGGUGCCCAUGCUCAAGAUGUACGCCAACCGCAGCGGCCUGCCCACGUCCGUCAGCGAGGCCUUCAGCGCGGGCCUCAAGGUGUCCUUCGCCAACUUCAUCCAGUAUCUGCUGGACCCGCGCACCGAGAAGCUGGCGCCCUUCAACGAGCACUGGAGGCAGGUGCACCGCCUCUGCCACCCCUGCCAGAUCGACUACGACUUUGUGGGGAAGCUGGAGACCCUGGACCAGGACGCCGCCCAGCUCCUGCGGCUCCUCAAGGUGGACAAGCUCCUGCACUUUCCCCCAAGCUACCGGAACAGGACUGCUAGCAGCUGGGAGGAGGACUGGUUCGCCACCAUCCCCCUGGCCUGGAGGCAGCAGCUUUAUAAACUCUACGAGGCCGACUUUGUCCUCUUUGGCUACCCCAAGCCCGAAAACCUACUUAGAGACUGAAGGCGUCGGGGGCGGUCCCGGACCUCAAAGCCAGCUGGGCGGGUGGGGCUUCUUCCAACCCGGACCAAGGCUCCUGCCGCACCACGGCCUUCCUCCCGAGGAUGGGCGAGGGGUUGCCGUGUGUAUUUUUUUAUGGCUUGUUUCCCUCCCAGUCGGGCCCGUGGUGCAACUCCACAGCGCUCCCGUUGACCAGGCAGCUGGAGACACCUGGAAUCGACGGCUCCCACACUCCGGUUUUUCAUAUCACCUGCGGUUUUGCAGUCUGGACGUACUGUUUAUGCCACUGCCUGUAUUCCUUGAGUACUGUGUUAAUAUUGUUUUUUUAAGAUUAAUAUAUUUCAGAUAUUUAAUAUGAAAAGUGGAGGAGAGGAUGGAGUAAAGGUCACAUCUGCUUCUGC